AUGUAUCGGACUGCAUCUCGGACUUGUACCGGCAUUGUCAAGCUGUUAUUUACAAUACCGGACCUUGCUACUAUCCUAGUAGCAACCAGCAAGACGAAUACUAAGACCAACAGUGAAGUUGAAGACAUCACUAUCAUCCAGGGGACAUUGGAUGCCGUGCCCGCAGUCUCCGACCUUCUAGAUACCGCAGUGCAAUGGCUAGUCUCCCACAACAGAGCGGGACAGUGGGAAGCAGCGCCGUUCUCCGAGAAUUCAGAUCGCGUCGAGCAGUUCCGGGAAUUUGCAACUACUGGCCAUGGCCUUUGGCUUGCUGUUAGGGGUACGGAUACCAUGCCCGGAGAAGCUCCGAUGGACAUCGUCGGGGCAUUUGCUCUUGGAGAUAGGUCGCCCUAUGUAUCCCCUGUAUCUGAGCCGGAGCUUUACGUGCGAUUACUAAUUACGGAUAAUCAGAUCGGCAGACGCCUCUUAGACCAUGCCCGUGAUCUUGCCCGCAAGGCUGGAGUCUCAUUGCUGCGAGUAGAUUGCUACGCAGGUGGCGACGGCAAGUUGGUCCGAUACUAUGAGUUCCAAGGGUCUCAAAAAUUUAAGGGUUUGAACAGGAAAGACGAAUGGCCUUAUCAAGUGCUUGCUCAACGCACACUGAUAUCUAACAUCUGCUUCCACCAGGCUUGCAUUUCUACCGCCACCAUCGAGUCCAGGCCGAGUUGCGCAAGCGGCAGAGAUAUAUUAAUCUCAUCAUCUACAGACCGCAGUACCAAGUCCAGGAGCUUCUUCCUUAUCCCCUGCGCUAACAAGGCAACUGACUGGGGUGUGUUAAGCAUUUCUGGGCUGGCCUUGGCUGCGCUCAGAAAUUAUCACAAACCGUUGCUGGAGGCAGUCGUAUUGCCUUGGCUACGGAUAUUAUGA